AUGCAGACUGCUUCUAGAAACAUUUGUGAACAAAUAGGUCGCUCUCAGGAGCUCAGUGAAUUUAAGCAUGGGUACCGUGAUAGGUUGCCACCUGUGCAAUAAGUCCAUUCAUGAAAUUUCCUUGCUACUAAAUAUUCCACAGUCAACUGUUAGUGGUAUUGUAACAAAGUGGAAGCAACUGAGAAUAACAGCAACUCAGCCACGAAGUGAACGGGGUCAGCACAUGCUGCAGUGCGCAGAAGUUGGCAACUGUCUGCAGAGUCAAUAGCUAAAGACCUCCAAACGUCAUGUGGACUUCGAAUUAGCACAACAACAGUGCAUAGAGAGCUUCAUGGAAUGGGUUUCCAUGGC